AUGUAUACAUCGCCAGGCGCUUUGCCUCCCCGCAAUCGCCACUUUUUUCAAGAUUUGCACGGCUCUGCCUCUUUAUCUCAGACUACCUCUCCUGAUCCGAUGUUCAGCAGCCGCAGCAUCAAUAGUCAAAGCAGCACAUCCACACCCGCCACCACCACCACUUACGAGUUCAACGACACCAUUCACGAUCAAAAGGCGUCUCACGCUUCUCGCGGCGACCAAUCCACUUCAGCGAACAGUGGAAUAGCCGAUCUCAACGCAUCCGCAUCAGACUCGCGCUUUGAUAGCCUUCACGAGUUGCUAGAAAGGGCGGGCUAUAAGGAGACGCGCGUCGUCACUCCUGACCGCCAGACACUGGCCGGCAUGUUUGCAAAGAAACUCGUCACACCGCCUCGAAAGCCACGACUUGUCGAUGACUUCUCUUCAGACUCACCUUCGCUUGCGGCGAGCGAGCUGAGACGGGCUGUUCAAAAGAGCACUGUAAGCAGAUCAACAUCCAAGGUCAGCACAAGCAAGAGCUUGCCAUCACGUAACCUCAAACUCGCAGAUCAAUCCACGGCACCACCGCUGCCAGCGGCACCGGCUGCGUUGUCGAGCUGGUUCUCUAACAUCUGGUUCUAUGGCCCCGGCACUAUCUUCAACGACACCGCAACGCCAGCAGAAAGUGGCGACUCGUCACAGAAUAAUAGUCCUCAGGCCGCGUCACAGCACGCCGAAGACAAGAACGACGCUCCCUGCGCAUCCAUCUCGACAUCUGUUACAGCAUCUACAUCUUCGGCAGCACGAGCAGUGCCACCUCAGCCCAAGAGGACCGCGACCAACAAUCCAGUCUGGAGUGCAAGUGUCGCAUAUCGAUCCCAAAAGGCACGCACGGCUCCUGUGCGAAAGAAAGUAGCAGCCAUCGUAGCCACCUCUUCAGAUGUCAUGAAUAGCGAUGAAGCCGCGGAAACAAGUUGGCAGGCUCUUCAGAAAGGGUCAAGCAGUCGACGACCCGGUUUGGUCGAUGCAUUCUCGAGCCCGACAAAAAAGACGGCCAAGGGCGACAACGCUGAUUCGAAUGGCAGCCCGAGUCGCCAGCGCAAAUGGAAGAAGGAAAGAGCGGCGUGGAGAGAGUCUUUGGGUGACUUGCAAGCGAUGAUGAACCAAUCAAGGAUGCGGCGUGAGGCUGCAACAGCUUCGGCGGCAACGUCACCAGCAUCCACUUCGAGAGAUGCUUCCAGCUCUGAUGACACGGAAGCACCUUCAUCAGAUCCUAUCAGUGAAGCGACAUCGAUGUCAUGCACCGACGAGGCAGUCACCAAGCUCCUCUCUGGCCCGGCUCUUCCUUUCCUCUCCACCGACCCCGCUGUUGCACCUCGCAAUGGCUCCUGCACUCGCCCCACUCACCUCAGCAUGCGACGGAUGAAGAGCGUAGAGGUGCUCUCCAAGAUCAUCUGCGAACGUCGUACCGUCUCAUCCGCCUCCUCUCACAGAUCCUCCGCAGCGGAUGCAUCAGGCUCCGUCUCUGUCGACACAGAAUCAGGUCAGAUCAGCCCGAUAAUCAAGAAACGAUCCACACCUCCACGCCUUACUGUCUCAUCCCCACGCGGCAUCUCAUCCCCCAAAGAGCUAGCGUUGGAAGGCCGGGAGUUUGAGCCCAUGUCUUGGUCUCCCGGCAAAGCGGGUUCAGCCGUCAUCGUUUCGAAUCGCAGAGUGCCGAAGAAGCCCAGAUCGAAGCUACGACAUGUUUCUUCCGGAUCGGACCUACGCAGUGUGGCAGGAAAGGAAGGUUUGAAGAUGCCCAAGAUAGGAAGGGCUAAGAGUCGCUCUUCACCGAAUACUUCGCCCGGCAAGGAUGGAAAGAGGGGUCCAAUUGCAACUAUCUUGCGAGAGUCAAUAGGUACGCUUUCAAGAGGAAACAAAGCUCAGGCGCUACACAACAACAUUCGUGUAUUCGACGACGCAUAUGCAGCUAAGCACGAGCACGACAGUAGUGUUGGAGGAGUCGACGACUCGCCUACACGCAUGCGAAGUCGAGGGAGGAGGACAGAAGAACCUCUUAUUCUCACCUCCCAUCAACCUUCGAUCACGGGUGAAGUGGAUGAUAUCUUCCGACCCACCGGCGCAGGAAUGUUGAAGAAGAAGGAUUUCUCAGCAAAGAUCACUCGCACGAGCAAGAUCAUGCGUUUGAUUGAGGAAGCGGAAAACAUCCCUUCCAUCGCUAGCAUGAUUUCUCAACCCCCAUCUGGCAAUCGAGCGCCACUGAAGAGUAGGGAAGCUGCACCACAAGCUAUAGCACGCAACAAUCAGAGAGGAGGCGGAGAAGGGUUUGAUCAGGCAGGUCAGCAGCAUGGUCUUUCUUCUUCCUUGAGCAAGAAGAGUCGAGAUCGUAUGCAUACAAUUACGAGGGUGUUGGGGCAGAAGCAGCCAGCAAACUAG